CAGAAAAUAGGUACCUUCCUCGUUCUCUUAUCUUUCUAUUCCACCUCUACUGUUAAUCUGUUAUUUAAGUGUUUGCUAUGUUCAUUGGUUGUUUUAUCUAACACACUUUCGCCCAAUGCUCAGUAUUUACAAGGUCUUUGAUCUUAAUUAAAGACCACACCUUGCUAUACUCGAUUUCAGAUAGAAUGUUUAAGACAUCAAGAUCAGGUAGUUUCUGUUUUUCUUGGGCAAUCUUUGUUCUACAAGUUUCAGUUUCUGCAAAAAACCUAUCUGCUAAAUAAAUUGUGUCAACUUUUGUGGGUAUUUUGAUCUUAUUGUUCGCUUGUAAAAAAUAUUCGGGGUCCUUAUUUUAUGACUGAUGGUUGAGGUGGUCAUAAUUUUGAAAUAAGAUUUACAGAUUCACUUCCUUUAUUGAAUGCUUUGGUCAUUUUGGAUUCUGGUUAAGCUCUUGCUUUAGAUAUAUUUUGCACCACACCACCUAAACAUGUUUAUUACAUGAAAGAUGAAAUCCUUAAUGAAAUUGAGGCACUGAAUAAGCUGUUUAUGGGUGAAUUUCUCAUUUGUGAAUGUGAGAGAAAGAAAAGUUUCUUUGUUAAAUGAUUUCAAGGUUUUGUUAAACAGAUUCCUAUCUUCUCCCACAGUCCUCACCUGAUUCAAGCUCAUAAUAUGGGAAAAACACCACUAAAACCAUGAGAAGUUUACUUUUAAGCAUCUUCUCAUCUUCUGGAAUGCGAUUGAUUUUUAAGCAACUUCCAGCCCUGUAUAUCCUCCCAUGUGUGUCUUCUCUAGUGAUGUAAAGAACAUCUAGUUUCCUCACACUAUCUUUUGUGUCUCCUGUCAUCUCUCAAUUGCCACUUACCCUUCUAUGGUUACUUCCACUAACUUUAUCCCUGUCCUGGCCCUGUAUUUCAGUUGAUGCAAGAUCCCUAUAUGCAUGGUCCUCAUCAAUUCAUCCAUACAUUUUCUGUAAGUUUGCUGCCACUCUCUCAGAAUCUCUUUCACUCUGUACUUUUUCAAAUAAAUGGAAUGGAGCUCAGCCCUUUACAGCUUGGGAAAAUUUCUCUAUAAAGUGUAAACCCAAAAUUAACAGCUUAUUUUCCAAAAAUUCUCAGAUGAUCACCUCAUUUUCCAGACCUUCCCUUAUAUGACUUCCUUCAUCUUUACACCUAUGACUUCCUCUUGCCAUCUUUACACCUUUUUGUUCUCUCAUCAUAUUUCCAUCCUUAUCCCUUUUUCUUCUCUCUUACACCAACAUGCCUUACUGUUAGAUGCAUCUUUUGGUUUCUUAGUCUCAUUCUAUGAACAUGGGUUAAUGGUCCAUCAAUAUCCUAGUGGGAGUUGCUAAUAAUAUGAAAGAUUAUAAGAGAUUUAUCUCACUUGGUUAUAUUACAUUUAAGCUAUUGCUUUCUUUCAAGGUAGUUGAUGGUUCUCAUGUUGAUUUUGGGAGGACCAUUUAUAUUCCUCCUGCUCCUUGUUUGGAUUUCCCACAACUUAUCAUCUAUCAUCCUUUGUUCUCUUCUCGUGUAGUCUGGAAAGGGAUUUGGUCUCUUGAUCUUUUUAUUGUGCAUAUCUAUUUUUCAAUUCCAAACACAUUGAAUAUAGUAUCAUAAAUGAUAAGCCUAUUGUAAGUCCAUAGCUCCCUCUAAGGUUAAGUCUUAUAUUUGGGCUAUAAUGCUUAAGAGAAUUAAUACAAAUGACAUGCUACAUGUAUUUUUCCUAAUGUGUUAUACUUAGUGCUAGAUUUUAUACGUAUUUCUUUGUUUGCAUUUUUGGAGAAUGCUUGGUGCCAAUUCCCCAGGUCCUUGAACCAAUUUUUCAUUAAUUAGCUUUACUGAUUUUAGUAGAAGUAUAGAAGCCAGGCUUUUGUGGUAAUACAUAAUCUAUGCUAACACUUUGGCGUAUUUGGUUAGUGUGUAAUUCUGUCAUCUUUAAGUAGAUCAACUUGGUGUGUAAUUCUGUCAUCUUUAAGUACAGCUACUUGGUGUAAAGUACAUGGUCUUUUUAAAAGUUAUUUCUAUCUCCUCUCUUGGUUGGUUUUCUUUUUUAAGUAGGAUCUCUUCCUAUACUUCCCUUUAUUUUGAUCAAUUACUUCUUUUGUUACUUUAUAUCUUCCUUUUGAUUUUGUUCCUUUUAUAUGCAUAUUACUUGAUGUUUUGUUAUAGUUCUAGCAUCAUGUUAUUAAUUUUCAAUAGAAUCAGUGGUCAUAUUCCCCUCAAGAUUACAUCCAUUGAAAAUGGUACAGUUCUCAAAACAUUCAAACACCUGCUUCAUCAGAAUAAACAAGUGGACUUCAUAGAGCUAUUUCAUGAAAAGCUUCUAGUCAAGCAAGAAAAUGAGAAUCAGUUGUUUCUUACUUUCAUAAAUGGAACAGUAUCUGUUUGGAGCUUUUGUGGGGAGCUUGUUACCCAAUUUGAGGAUCACCAGCUGUGGCAUCCAGAUUGCUAUACAAAUAACACAUACAUAACAAAAGACCAGGAUCUCAUUAUCUCUUAUUGCAAGGCAGAUUCUGAUGAUCAAUGGAUGGAAGGCAAUGCUGGCUCCAUUAAUGUUAGUGAUAUCUUGACCAGGAAAUGCGUGGCUAAACUGAACGCAACAAGUAGCAGCAUCAAGGCGGACGAGUGCAACAACAGUGCUUGCAACUGCAACAAGCAAAGUCAUUCAUGCCUAUUAAGGAGUUCAGUUGCAGAGGCUUUGGAGGAAGUCACUGCCCUCUUUUAUGAUGAAGAUAGAAAUGAAAUAUAUGCUGGUAACAGACAUGAUCUUGAUCAUGUAUGGUCUAACUAAUGACAAGAGUUUCUGGUUUCUUCUGGCUCCAUGGCCCCAGGAAUCCCAUGUUUGGUUUUGCAAUUUUGCUGAUAUUGUUUCAGCACCGGAUUUCUCUAAAAUCCAAGCUGCCUCAGCAUUGUAACAUUAGCUUAUGUGAAAUUAGUUUCUAUGUAAAGAACAAUCACUAGUGAAAAAAUUUUGAGGCCAAUGAGACAUCACUCAUCAUUAAACCUUUUAGAUUGGUAGAAAAAAAUGAAGUAUGAGGAUGAACAAUAACUCUUUUAAAGUUACUCUUGGAAUUCAUAGGGGACAAUGUGAGAUGAAAGCAAAAAGGGCAGAUUGUAUGGAAUUUUAUACCUCAUUUGUGUCAUUGUUGUGAAUCUCUCUAUAAAUCUGUUUUUCAUUUGUC